CACCAUUUCAAAUAAUAAUACUAUACCGUAUAUACUACAUACUAGUGUAAAGUGUUGAACAUACCGAAGACAGUUGAAUCAGUCGACGAAGUUGAUAUUUAUACCAACCGAACAUUGAACGGCGAAAGGCUUGUAUGAAAAUCAAUCCACAAAUUCUUGCUCUGCUUGGUACAUGGUACUAUGUACUGAACGAUACAUACAUACAUACAUACAUGUUCACACAUACAUCACAUACACGAGCACACCAUCAGAGUACUAUUUAGAAGCCAUUUUGUUUUCAUGAUUGUGAGAAGAUUAUUACAAUAGAAGAGACAUACAACCGUGCUACAAAAAUGCAAUAUUCAAACAAUUGAAACGGGAAACAAAAGUGUGUUUUUUGUUUUGUAAAUUGUAUAUGGUGUUCUAAAGAAUAAUUUUGAACAAAAAUUAAUUUUAAUUUUUGAACAAAAAAAAAAAAAAAAUAAAAAACAAAAACAUGUUAUUAAAAUUGUGUAUAGUGUUUUGCGCUGUUAAUUACGUGUUUUGUGAUACAGAUUUAAAUAAUUAUGAUUCAGAUGGUAAUUCCCUUGCAGUUCCACGUUUAGAUAUACCAAAUCUAGAAAAUGGUUAUCAUGGUCUAAUCAAAGAAAAUGAAACGGUUGUUGAAGUAACCCCAAAAAUACGUGCUAUUGGUGCGGAAAUAUGCAGUUUUCAUAUUGUGAAUAAGCAUCAUGGUGAAGCACCCUUCCAGAUUGUUUUAAAACCACACGGCUACGCUCAACUUAAAGCAAAGAAAACGUUAAACUGUGAAAAACGUAGAAAUUAUAAAUUUGACAUUGCUGCAAUCAGUUGCGAAGGAAAACAAAGCUUGAAUGCCACUGUACAUAUCACCGUAAUUGAUAUCAACGAAUAUCCACCAACAUUUUUGGAACCAUCAUAUGUCCGUCAAGUGGAUGAAGGUCGUUUAUACGAAGAAAUCUUACGGGUCGAGGCAUCUGACAGAGAUUGUACACCAAAAUAUGGCGAUGUUUGUAAAUAUGAGAUCCUUACCAAUGAUCAACCAUUUGUUAUUGAUAGUGAAGGAGCUAUUCGUAAUACAGAACCAUUGGAUUACGACCGUUCCCAUAAUCAUAUCUUAAGUGUUGUGGCCUACGAUUGUGGCAUGAAACAAUCCUUACCUGUUAUGGUAACGAUUAAAGUGAAUCGAUUAUGCCAAUUAGGAUGGAAAGGUAUUUCUGAACGAAUUGACUACGCUCCAAUGAGUGGCAAACAAUACAUGUUCCCGUCAGCAAGUUUAGAUUUAUGCGACGUACCAUGCAACGUAAAGUCGUUACAUACAAGUGUCUCACUUGUGACAGGACAUAUUGGUAAAGGAUGCGAUCGUGACACAUACAGUGUACAAUCCCAACGUAAAAUAUGCGGAGCAAGUCCUGAUUCAAUUGAUUUAUUACCAACACCGGAUACUGGAUCAGAAUGGACGAAACCAUUAAUAUCAGAUGAAGGACAUGAAUCCGAUCAAAUAUUUGAAUUUGAUGGACAAAAUUCAGCUGUUGCUAUACCAAAUAAUGUAUUAAAUCAUGAAUUAGCUAGUGUUUUUACUAUUUCCACAUGGAUGAAACAUAAAAAUCAUUUACCUGUUGAUAAACAUCGUAAAGAACAUAUCCUAUGUUUGGCCGAUGAUCAUAAAAUGAAUCGUCAUCAUUACGCUUUGUUUGUAAGAAAUUGUCGCUUAAUUUUAUUAUUACGUCGUGAACGACGGUCCGAAGGUGACUUAAACAUUUUCCGUCCAGCUGAAUUCCGGUGGAAGAUUCACCAGGUCUGUGAUAAUCAAUGGCAUCAUUAUGCAGUCAAUGUACGUUUCCCCGAUGUCGAAUUGUAUAUUGAUGGUGUUUUAUUCAAGAAUGAAAAGAAAAAUCCAGAAAUUAUUGAUGAUUGGCCAUUACAUCCCACAAAAGGCAUUAAUACUACUCUUACUGUUGGUGCUUGCUGGCAAGGAUCAGACAAUAAAAUGAAACAUCAUUUCAAAGGAUACUUAGCUGGUUUAAAUGUUCUUUUAAAGAAAACCGAAAAACCAGAAGUAUUAAGUUGCCUACACAAAUGUAAAGAAAGUUUAGAAGUACCUGCCAUGGAAUUGUUGCAACCAGGAAUGGAAUUGUUAACUAACUCAGAUUUAACGGAAUUGAGUAUCGAAGGUGACAAUAAAACAAACUUAGAAGUACUUAUGCGUAAAGUUGGUUACUCAAAUACACGAGAAUUCCCAACACCUGGACGUCGUAAUAUUCACGUAACUACUUCCGUAAUGUGUGAUAAUGGUAAAUCGGUGAAAAUCGCUCCAAUUGAAUCAUAUGUAAUGGUACUCCAACCACAAACACCGACCAUCAAUGUAAACGGUACCACAAAUAUUGCCCGUGAAUAUUCCGAUUUCCGUCAAGGUGUGCGAAUAUUCGCUGAUAUUCAUGUACAAGUUUUGUCCAAUGAUCGAUCAAAAUUACGUGCACCCGCUCAACAGAAAUUAGAUGAAUGUUCAAUAUCUGUGUAUCCAAGUUUGAACCCAGAUCAUGAGAGUGUUAAUUUACCAGAGAAUUUGUUACAAAACUUUGGCAUUGUCGCUAAGAUCACUAAAGAUGGCAUCUCUUUGACUGGUUCAGACAUGAUCUUGAAUUAUGAACAAAUUCUUCGUGAAAUUCAAUACAUCAACCAAAAACCUGCAUACUACUUGAAUCGUGUAUUCAAAUUAAUUUGCUCUGAAUUAAAUGGACGAUUUGUCAGUAAUGAAUACGCUCAAACACUUACUGUAAUUCAUCCACGAUUGGUUGCCGCUAUCAAGAGUAUGGAAGAGAACAAAGAUAACGAAAUGGAAAUACCUAAAGAAAAUGAUGACCAAUCGAAAUCAGAAGAAAAGAAAGGUGAUCAUCUUGAAGACAUUGCAAAACCACCAAUUAAUUUGGAUAAUCAAGCCGAAUCAAUUAUUGCUAAAGCCAUGGUACAUCGACACAAUGUGGAAAUGAAACCAGCUCAAAUUUUACCAGAAGAAUAUUUAUCAGCAAGCUUAACCGAUCGUACUCAACAAGUUCUAGCUAGUGGUAGUCAUGCAGUAACAAUCAUAAUUGUUUUAUGCGUUGGAUUCCUCUUAUUCAUGAUUGUUUUGGGUGUAAUUCGUAUACGUUCUGCACAACAAAAUGGCGCUCCAUUUACAGAAAUUUUAGGAUCUGGAAUUGCCGGCUCCAAACAUCAUAAUGUUGAAACUGGUGACAUCCAAGAUACUGAAAUGGCAUGGGAUGAUUCCGCUUUGACAAUUACAGUUAAUCCAAUGGAUAUGGAUAAUGCCCCAACUGCAGCUGGUGUCAAAUUAUCAGACUCAAGUGGACAUCGUAUAGCUGGUGUUAAGGACAACACAAUGGUAAAUGAAUUAAGUUGCAGCGAAGACGAUGAUUCAUGCGAUGAAGAGCAAUCAGAAGAUUCUGAUGAUGACUCACAAGAUGAUAGUGAAUGUGAUACUGGAAGGCGCAGAUUGGAUCAUUGCGUUGGCGAAUCAAGCGAUGAUGAAGAAAAUUGCAUCGCAGGAACUAACGGUGGUCGCCGUAACAAAUAUCAAAAUGUAAACCAAUUAGAGUGGGAUAAUUCAACAAUGUAAACGGUAUGCAAAUCAUAAGCACACAUUUAGUAUACAAAAAAAAGUAUAAUUAUUAAUUUUCUUUCUUAAAAAAAUUGCUAUUAUUAUUAUCUGCCAGCGGUUUUUAAUUAGAAAAAAAACAAAAACA